UGUUGAUUGGACACUUUUUUUAACUCCACUAUUCAUUGUUGUCUGCUGGCGCGGUUGUUUUGGAUGUUAUUCCUGUAGUGAAAGUUUUGCAAACAUGUCUUUUGCCGGUCUCAAAAAGCAAAUCAAUAAGGCUAACCAGUUUAUGAGUGAAAAAAUUGGUGGAGCUGAAGGUACUAAACUAGACGAUGAAUAUGUGGAAAUAGAAAAAAAAGUCGAUACAAUUGCUAAAUUAUUUGAAGAUGUCAUUGUACAAACGCAUGAAUUUCUUCAACCAAAUCCAGCUUAUCGUGCUAAAUUAAUGACAAUGAAUACAUUGAGUAAAUUACAAGGCAAAUCAAAAAUGGCUGCUUAUCCUCAACCGGAAAAUCAAUUAGGUGAAUGUAUGAUUAAAUGUGGUCGUGAUUUAGGUCCGGAUUCAUAUUAUGGUCAAUGCCUUGUUGAAGCUGGUGAAACGUUUAAAUGUUUAGCCAAUAUUAAAUAUACCAUGGAAGAUCAUGUCAGAGAGAAUUUCCUCGAUCCAUUGCAUAGUGUACAAACACAUGAACUGAAAGAAAUCAAUCAUCAUCGUAAAAAACUGGAAGGACGACGAUUAGACUUUGAUUGUAAAAAACGUAAACAAGAUCGAAGUGCAAGCAAUUCAAGAUUACCUGAAGAUGAAUUAAAAAUUGCUGAAGAGAAAUUUCAAGAAUCGAAAUUAUUAGCUGAACAAGCUAUGAUUAAUUUUUUAAAUAGUGAAACUGAUCAUAUGCAAUCAUUGUUAGAGUUUGCUACAGCUCAAGCUGAUUAUCAUCGUCAAGCUGCAGAGAUUAUGGAACAAUUGAGAAAAUUUCUUAUUGAUAAGUAAG